UGUUUCGAGAAMCAAAAUGUGGAACCUGUAAUUGUGGGAUGAAAAUUACUGGUUAAAUACAGUAGAUCGUGGAUAGAAGGACCCACAUUCAUGGAUUCUAAGACCGAAAGAAGAGUUUUAGCGGUUAAACGAAAAGCAAGACCCGAACUUAAAGAUGAAACAUCCUGGACAAAACUUGGUUUUGCAAAGAACUUUGAUCUAAGUUUAGGAUCAGUUAAAGAUAACAUACAAAGAGUAGAUGUCAGAAAAGUAUCCCAUUCAGAAUUUAUUGAGAAAUAUGAACGACCAAGAAUUCCUGUAGUCCUCACUCAUGCUWUGGAACACUGGAAAGGAUGUAAGAAAUGGACGCUUGAAAGACUGGGAAGAAAGUUCGGCAAUCAGAAAUUUAAGGUUGGAGAAGAUGACGAUGGAUACUCUGUCAAGAUGAAGAURAAGCAUUACCUUGAAUACUCACAACACAAUAAUGAUGACAGUCCACUGUAUAUAUUUGAUAGCUCAUAUGCAGAUAAUCCCAAGAAAAAGAAAUUGAAAGAAGAAUAUGAAAUUCCUAGAUUUUUUGUUGAUGAUUUGUUUCGUUAUGCUGGAGAAAAAAGAAGGCCUCCUUACAGAUGGUUUGUCAUGGGUCCAGGACGGUCAGGUACUGGUAUACACAUUGAYCCUCUUGGUACUAGUGCCUGGAAUAGUUUAGUGUCUGGUCACAAGCGUUGGGCAAUGUUUCCCACCAAUGUUCCUCGUGACCUCUUGAAAGUCGCAGUCAGUGAAGGAGGGAGUCAGAGAGAUGAGGGUAUUACGUGGUUCAAUAAUAUUUAUCCACGUACUCAGCUACCUUCCUGGCCAAAAGAAUAUAAACCGAUUGAGAUUCUCCAGUGUCCCGGGGAAACAGUUUUUGUUCCAGGUGGAUGGUGGCAUGUUGUUAUCAAUCUGGACACUACAAUUGCUGUCACUCAGAAUUUUUGCUCUGUCACUAAUUUUCCUGUAGUUUGGCAUAAAACAGUAAGAGGUCGACCAAGACUAUCAAAGAAAUGGUUAAAAAAACUUAAGAAACAUCGGCCUGAGGUAUACAGAAUGGCAAUGGACGUAGAUCUUGAUGAGCCCACCGGAGUUGCAUCAGACUCUUCAUCGUCGGCCUCAUCGUCGUCAUCAUCUUCAUCAUCAUCUGACUCGAGCAGUGAUUCAUUAAGCGAGUCAUCUGACAGCGAGAAUGAUAGGUGUAAAGAGAAAGGAAGAACGUCUGAACGAGGUUACUGGCAUCAUAAAAAGAGGCCUAGGUUAGAUAUACCAUCCACAUCAAGAUUCAGAAGUGUCAGUCGUUCCCCAAAACACGGACGAUGACAAAAGUAUUCGAUGGAAAAUCUUGAACAAAGAAAAACCAAUUCAUUGUCUAUAACUUGAUUAUGGAUGCCUUUAAGCCCGCGUAGAGCCAAAACUAAUUGCCAGAAGUUUAGGAGUUUGUCUAAUAACCUCAAAGAGUUGGUAACUUGAAGGCGACUGGUUUGAACAUAGUUAAUAGAGGGGAAUGGUUAGGAAACCUAUUGUUAUCAGGUCUUUGUUCGCUUUUGAUGUUGAACCGGUCUUGACGGUGCACAAUUUUUGAUUUAUGCUCAUCUGA